CACAACGUUCCUGUUUGCUUAUAGGUGUCAACGAUCAUGACAUCUGUACCCACGCUAUGACAGCAAGUCUGUUAGUGAUUUUUAAAUAGGCGCAAAUCAAGGGACGGCUUUGUCCCUCUUCGGCGCAGGUGGGACUGAUUGGGGAAGACGCAGCUGAGGAGACAGUUUCGCAGGAUAUGGGAAAGCAGAACCACCAAAAGGAGUGAUGACCAGUGAUCUCAUGAUAACUCUGGAUGUUAGUUCUCAUGCCUCACAACAUCCUGUUGGGAACACCACACCAGCUUCUGGGAUCAGACUUUCAUCUACUUAAUACUCCUCUUUACCCGAACUGCUAAAACCAGUCUUAGCCAGCCACGAAUGGCUACCCAAAGGAAGCACUUGGUAAAAGAUUUUAAUCCAUAUAUUACCUGCUAUAUCUGUAAAGGGUAUCUGAUCAAGCCAACGACUGUGACAGAAUGCCUUCAUACCUUCUGUAAGACUUGUAUUGUUCAGCACUUUGAAGAUAGCAAUGAUUGUCCAAGGUGUGGCAACCAAGUACAUGAGACAAAUCCAUUAGAAAUGUUGAGGUUGGAUAAUACGUUAGAGGAAAUUAUAUUUAAGCUGGUCCCUGGACUACGAGAACAGGAACUUGAGCGUGAAUCUGAAUUUUGGAAGAAAAAUAAGCCUCAAGAAAAUGGACAAGAUGAUACUUCAAAAGUUGACAAGCCUAAAGUAGAUGAAGAAGGUGAUGAAAAUCAAGAUGACAAGGACUAUCACAGAAGUGACCCACAAAUUGCUAUAUGUCUAGAUUGUUUACGAAAUAAUGGACAAUCGGGGGACAAUGUAGUAAAGGGUUUAAUGAAGAAAUUCAUUCGAUGUUCUACACGUGUAACUGUUGGAACUAUUAAAAAAUUUUUAAGUUUAAAACUAAAACUUCCAAGUUCUUAUGAGUUGGAUGUGCUGUGCAAUGGUGAAAUUAUGGGGAAGGAUCAUACUAUGGAAUUCAUCUACAUGACAAGAUGGCGACUAAGAGGCGAAAACUUUCGGUGUCUGAACUGCUCAGCUUCGCAAGCCUGCUCUCAGGAUGGCCCUUUGUAUCAGUCAUACCCUAUGGUAUUGCAGUAUCGACCAAGAAUCGAUUUCGGUUAGACCAAGGGGCCCAGAUCUCACUGAGAUGAAUCCUGCACUAUUUGUUUACUCAUCGACAGAUUGCACAGUUCACGGUGUGUGGACUCGAGGGACACAACCAGAUUUUCAGCAUGCAAAUAAGGUCAUUGUCUAUCUCUUACUUGUCAGUUGCAUUCAUGUUGUUUCUAUUAAGAGCAAACCAAGUGCCAUUCUGCUACUGAACCGUCUGCAUAAGGUAUUUGUGCUGUCUCACAGUGUGCAAGUCAUGGUUCAAAUCAGUUAAGUGUGCAGCCAUGAUUCAGCCUUCUGAAGAUUUUGCUUGCCUGUUCCAAGAUUGUUCUAAUGUUUAAUUACACUAGUAAAAUGGCUCAAUCUUUGUGGUGUUGCAGUUUUCACAUACUUACUAUUUUAUUAAUUCUUGUUUAAAUAGAGUACUGUACAAGAAACUAAUUAUUAUAUCUUGAAAUUAUUUUGUAUGGAAAUAUAUUUAGAAAAGUGGUUUUUGAGCCACUGUCCUGUUCUUGGUAAGCUUUUUUGUGUGAAAAAAAAUAGUUCAUUCUUGAGUGUGCAAGUCCUUUUGCAAAGAAUUCCAAUUAUUAUUUAACAUUAGAGCACAUCAUAAUUGUAGGCAUUCUAAGUAAGCAUCUGUCUGUGUAGUCUACCAAUUGCACAAGGAAGGCAUGUUAGCCCUCCAGAUUGAAAAUGUAUGUGACUUCGUGGAGAACUGAAGUUAGAUUCACAACCAUUCAAAAUGUUGGCAGCUGGUCAAAUUUACUUCUAAUAAAAUUAGCGUGUAAGUAAGGUUAACCUUCUUUCAAAAUGCCUUAUGACAAGCAGGUGCUGCUUCAUGAAACGUCAUUGUCUAGCCCAUUUGAUGUGUGUAUCAUUACAUUGCUGCGGUCAUUUAGUGAAUGCAUUGUUUCUUUUUUUCAGUUGGCCUACGUCAUUGUGGCAUGCAGAGGGUUAUGAUGAUUUUAAAUAUUAGGAUUUUUAGAGCACAUAGCAUUAGCUAUUUUAUGGAUUCCAAAAGUCUCAAAACAAUUAUAGAUUAAAGCUGUUACCUUUCUCAUUUCCAAACCAUAUGUAUAAAAUAAAAUAAAUGCAGCAUAGAAGAUAAAUAUGCUAACCAAAAUUGAUGGUUUAAGGGUAUUUUAUUUUAGAUCCUGUAGUAAUCAGGGGAAAUGGGAUUGUUUUAUACAUGAGUUCAUUAAGGUCAAAGCUGUGAUAAUGUCUUGUACUUUGCAGUUUUGUUAAGUCUUCCAUUUUUAAGAUUAGUCUGCAAGUCAAAGAAAUCCUUGUUAACUUAAACUAUAUGAAGAACAUCCUUUUAAAAUUUACAGUUGUUUUCAAAAAAUUCUUUGGAAAUUAUUUUAUUAAUUGCUUUGAAACUAACAAGUUAACCUGUGAAACUUAGAAAAAAGUCUUGAAGGUUAGGAAAAAUAUUUGUUUUAGAAAUCUGACAUGAGCACAAUCUGUGUGUUACACACAGUUUUUAUACUGUAUACAUGGUAAAUGUGCUACAUUUUCCAGCAAAAAUGUAUCACGUAUUAAUGCCUUCUGAAUUUCCAAAUGCUUCUUGGAAGUAAGACAUUGCAACUCUAAGAAACAUACAAUACAGCUAAAUCUUAAUACAUUUCAUAAUGUAAAAGGCUGAAACUUCAUAAUUAUCUUUCCCUUUUAUCUUUUUUCAAGUCAAAAAAUCGAUAUUAAAUUUUUCUGUUAUUCUGACUUUUGUGAAAAAAGUUAUGGGAAUACUUAAUUUUAUUUUGUGAGAUUGUGUUUGUUCUUGGAAUAUUUCAUUUUAGAAUUUAAAAGGCAGAUUUUCAUUAACUCUUUAUAAAUGGUUAGAAAAGACCAUGACACUCAACCAAAAACUGAAUUUACUCUCUAGCUACAGAAGUUAUUUUGCUAUGCUAUGAAACCCAGUUCCCAGACAUCCCUAAGAACUUUUAAAAAUUAUUAUGAAUUUGUUACUUCUAGGCCAGUGACUACAAUAGUGUUUGCAUAUGGGAGUUAAUUAACUCAAAAUGAAUUAAGAAUGCAUUUUAAAAAUCACAAGGGAGACUUGGAUGUUUUGGCUCCCCAGCCAAACCUGUGGCUAUAAAUGAAUUUUAUCUACAAAAUCUCUUUAAAUUUGGCCUGUUGCUGAUAGUAUGUAAUUUUACUGUUUUCCAAGGGAAUAUAUAGGAAGCAAUUAUGGAACUGAGAAUAGCUUUACAUAAAGUUCCUUUAUUUACUGAUCAUGUAUUAACAUGUUUAUUGAAAUGCAAUGGAAUAUGUGCCAAAAUGUGAAAAACUUACAUAAGGGCAUCUGUUGUCAUUUGGGGAUAGGUACAUAGUUUUCGAUGAUCCUGUAAUAUGGCAUUACUAAUAGACCCACAGACUUUUUGAGUCAACUUCUUUUGGUAUAUUCAACUAUGACUUUCUAAGUAUAGGAAUACUUUCAUGUCCAGUAAUACACAAUAGUCCCAGUUAAUUAUUUCCUAAGUCAGGUUGUAGAAUUUGCAAGAAACCUGGUAUAGAAAAAAAAAAAAUGUAUGGGCAACUUUUGUGAUUAGUUUUAUAAAUGUAGGGUACUUAUAAAACAAACUCGUUAUAUAAAUAACCUAUAGGAAUAAUCAUCUGAAUCUGUAAACUCAGAGAAUAAGACUAAAAGGUUUUCUUUCAUCUGUUGUCUUAAACAAUAAAAUGAAAGAACUUUACUUCCAUAAAAGAUUUUGUUAUCUGUUUUAUCUGCUGUAGAAAUCAUAGAUAUAAAAGGGUCAUAGAACCUUGAAUAUAAAGAAUGGCUGUGGUUAAUAAAUAUUACUUUGAAGUCAUCGAUCAGUUAAUAGAGAAAUUAAAAUAUGACCCUUUCUCUAGAUUAACAAGACACUUUUAAGAAGUACCAAAAAAUUAAAGACUCAUUUCAUUGACGAAGUAAAAUUCAGUCUAGGGUGCAGGUAACUUGGGUAAUGUCUUUUAAUGACUUUUAGAACAGCAUAUUAUUUCUUUAUUCACUGAACAUCCAUCCCAUACUAAUGUGCCACAUUUUGUAAAUGAUAUGACUUUGCUCAACUACAUCAUACACUCAAAUAUAAUCAAAAUUUAAACUGAUUCUUUAAGAAAAAUAAGUGUGUAUAUAAUAUUGUGACUGUUUAGCUUUAUUGAAAUAUUUAAGAGAAAGUGCCUCAUUGCUGAAGUGCAUUUCUGUUGUAGAUUUAAUGCAUAAAGUUUGAGUUAUCUGUUCCUGUCUCUUAUGAAUGGUUUCGUACCUAAAUAGGCUCUUGUAAGUUCAUCUUUUUUGAAAGAUUUUCAUAAGAAUAUAGAUAUCACCAAAGACAUUUUACCAUUAGUUAAUAACCGUGGUAGAGAGACAAUUUUAACAGUUUGGAAGUUGGAAAUUUUUAGAUUACAAUUUAAUUUUAUAUAGUUAGGCAAUAACCUUGAUUAAUUGCUAAAAUAUCACCAAAGGAAGACUUAAAACUGAAUUUUCUUGGUGAGAUCAGUCAACUGUAGGUUCUUCUUGCAAUAAUCAGAGCACACUUCCUUUCAAAUAUGUCCCUUGUUUUUCAGCACCAUCUGAUAGGGAAUCCUCAAAGGUGAGAAAGAGGUAAUAAACACAACAAAUAACUUUCUCUGGAUGAAAAGUGAGAGAAAGACAUACUUUGAAAAGAAAAUUGAGAUUUUUUUUUAGUUUGAGAAGCUUUUUAUUUCAUGGAGGUUGUAUAAACUAAAAUUAAGCAUAUAUUUAGGUCCUGUGUUUUUCAUAAUAUGAAAUUUUAUUAAAGGCAGACUUUGGUAAAAUGCUGACACACUUACUUGUAUAGAAAAGAGUAUAUUUGGUUGGACUCAUUUAAGUAAGUACUUUUUGGGUAUUCAGAAACAAAAUUUUCAUUUUCAUAAGGGCCUGUGGUUUUUUCCCCUUGAAAAGCAACUCUUUGUCUUGUUUCUCAGCAAUUAAUUUAUUGUUAUUAGAAUUUAGCCAGGCGGCCAAAAUAAGGCAAAAUGGGUCACAGAACAAGCACGGACAUCAAGAGGAAGUUCAGUAUCACUUCUACCACUUCUGGGGAGUUCAUGCUGUGGCAGCCACCUCAAUGGUGAAACUCACAUUGUGAAGUCUUUCUGAUAGGUCACUAGGUUCUUCACUAGGAAAGGGUAAAGAUGGAUGUGCAUUCUAUCACAUAUUCUGGCUAAUCAAAGGGAAUCUUCCAACAAGCUAAGCUUUGUACCAGAAAACACAGAUGGUUGUAGGAACUUCAGAAAUGAAUGAGUUUGCCAUAUCUUUAAUGUUCUGGAUUAGAAACACAAAAACUUGAAAUGCUGUUAUUAUUUUAAGAUAUAUAUUCCUAAAGUUUGGGAGACAAAAGGAACACUCUGCUAGAUAUAGUUUAUGAAAAAGUGAAAAGUAUUAAGUACACUAGAGACUCACACUCUUCCAAGGCACAAGAUAACCAACUGUUUCUGGAUUUACUUGAUAAACUAGUUCAGUAGUGUUUUGAUGAAAAACAUCAGAUUCAAAGUUCAUUAAAAUGUACUUUAAUAUAUAGUACAGGGUUUUCAUAGUUUUGCUUUUUCUACAGUGAUGUUUCUCCAAUAAUUUAAAAGUGAUUAUUUUCCAGGUGUAAUACAGUUUUUACAAAUAGUGUGUUUACUUUCUGUCCUUAUUAUAUUUUCAAAUAGAAGUAAAAUGCUUGAGCACUUCCUUUUCAGAAAGUUAUAAAAUUAAAAAUAAUUAUUUAAAUGCUCAUUCAGAUGUGUCUGUAUACUCAUUAUGCCCCUUUUUAUAAUUCAAAACUGAGACUGAUUUUUCAGAAAUGCUUUUUACUUUCAGUAAUUUAAGAUCGCCAAUCAGGUGAAACAGAAAUGUUAAAUAUUGGGCCUAGUUUUCUUCCACCUUACAGAGCUUCAUGGAAUAAGAAACUCAUCUAGAAUAAAUGAAGAUUAAGUAUUUCUGUUAAUGUAGAGCUAGUAAACAGAUUUAUUUAUCCAUACGCUUCACAUGAGUCCACUGGAGCAGAAGUUCUACGCAUUAUAAGUGUAAUGGGAUCAGCCUAACAUUGUCUGGAGUCGGUUUCCUUUUGCUGUAUUUUUUAGAAUGGGGUGGGGGCCUAAGUGUCCUUAAGAAGCUGUGGUCCGUGACAAGACUUGUUGGGGGAGUGCCAGGGUUCUGCUGCUUUCCUGCAUCUGAGCAACACAACAGAGAUCAUCAGUUUUUAAUAGAGUAGCCCUCACAAUAAAUAAAACUAUCAUAGAAUAUAUUGUAAAGUUAUGUUGCUAAUUUUCCUUUGAAAUAUAAAAUAUGUUAAGCUUUUUGUCAAAAGUGGUAACAUCUUAAUACAAAUAAAAACCUUUUUGUGGUUGUAAGAUUUAGCUUAUAAAUCAUUCAAAUUGAAGUGAAAGAAUUACCAGGUCAUUGUUAAUGACUUAGUCUAUUAAGAAUAUAUGUAUUUUUGUAAAGGAAAAGCACUUGUAGAUAUUUAAUCAGUACAAGAUAUGUCUUUUGCAGAAAUAAAAUGCUGCUUAGAGAUUCUCUUUAAAUAUUUUUUUUAUUUUUGUGCUCAAAUGUAUUUUCUGUUGAUCUAUGGAACGUUCUCUACAAAGCUGUAUGAUUGUACUGUUGGGCUAGAUACUUUUUUUUUUUUUUAAUCUGGACUUAGCCAAGUAUAUUUCACCAUGUUAAAAUAUAGUAUCUUUGUUAUUAAAAUUUUGAUUGCAUAAUUUA